GCGUGUGUGUUGGGCCGCGCUCUUGCCAUUCACUAUUUUACUGUUUUAAUUAUUAUUUUUCCUCUUCUGAGAGUUGGCCUCUCUUUCCGAUAUAUUGUUUGUUGUUUCCUCGUGUGAUUGAUGGCGAACGCACGUUUUUUUUGCGCAUUUUGAUCGCGAAUUGAUCUUUUGGUGUUAAAGUUCUUGAUCGUGAUGAACGAAAUAGUUCUCGUCGGAUUUCGUGCGUGAUCGUGCGUGGUCGGCUUAGUUCGGGCGCGAAAACAACAUCGUUCUACGGUCGAUCACCGUUCGAUCAAACGAUCGCGGGUGUGCUGAUUGAUGUUUUGCGAAGUGAUUUUAAAAUUAAGUUUUUUUUUCUUCGCGGUUCGACUCCCUUACAGUUGAGUCAGAGGAUUGACUUUGUGAACCGCGAUCGAAUCGUUUGAGUAGGAUCUUCUUUUCAAGAAAUUUGCACAAAAUUUCCAUUUCAUCCACGUUUGGCAGUGUUGGUGAGUUCCAAGAAGUGAAACAAAUCGUUUUGCGCAAGCAAAAACGCAUGCUGCGCCAGGAAAAACACGUGAAAGUAUCAACAAGAGGGAAAAAAACGUGCAAAAAGAAGCAAUCAAAGUCGAGAGAAAAAGAGAAAAAUCAACAAAAAGAAAAUUCCAACAACAUAGAAGAGCCAUUUGGCGCAGCAUGAAGCAUAACGAAAGUGUAGCAAAAGAUUGUUUCGAGUGAUUCAGUUCCUGAGGAGAUCGAAGCUUAUGUGUGAUUAGUAGAGUGUGUUUUACCAAAAGUGCUUCCAUAAUCGACAACUUGCAGUUAAAAGCCGUGAAAAUACAGUGAAAAAAAAGUGGUGGAAAACUCGGAAUUGAUGCUGUGGAAGAAAAAAUGAGUCGCCGCGAUAAUAACGUUAGAAAGCUGUCCUUCCUGGGAUUCAACACCAAGGAGACCAGCAACAAUGACCCGGACCAGGUGCAGCUGGACGAUGAGAUGGAAAAGGUGUUCGGUUCCGUCGGCACCGACAAGGAAAAGUUCGAACUGAAGCGCCUCAAUGACGACGUGCUGGUGGACCAAUCGCCGCUAAAGUACGAAGAAACGAGCCGACCCGCGACCACCAGCCUCCGCCCCAUGGACAACUCCGGGGCGUCCGGUGCCAACAAUGGCUCCUCGUUGCCGUCGACGACCCCGACCAGCCCGAUCUCGAUGUCCUCGAAGAGCGAAUCGGCGGCGCCCAAACCGUCCAACGACACGACCCUAGCGGACAACUCGUCCAACGACUUUAGCGAGGCCGUCCACGACGACCCGCCGCCGGUCGUUGACCAGGGCUCGACGCUGCAGGGCGAACAGUGGGACAACAGUGCCAGACGAAACGUUCGCUUCGACAGCCAGGACCAGCCUGCCCAGUUCGUAGGGCUGCAAAUCGAGGACACCAACGAGGAACGUCGCCGCCGCACCGAACGACACCAUCCUCACAAAUCAAGAAAGUUUUCCCUGCAAGAGUACCACCCCGAGUGGAGACGCCAAAGUGGAGCUGAGGGUGCUAGCACCGGCACCAGGCGGGUUUCCGUCCAGCCAGAGGACGCUACGUUGCAGGAAGCCGACAUCGAUGAGUUGACUUCGCACAGAUCGGACGAUCCGAGGGCGUUGCGCCGGCACAAGGUCAGCGCCCAGUCGGCAAGUGGUGUGUCGGCGUCCGUGGUCAGUACCAACCGGAAGGACAAUGAUAAGCUGGACCAGCUGCUAAGUUCGAGCAAAUGCAAGAAGCUGUACGAUCACAGCCCGCACGAGGUGUUUGUUCAGCUGGACGAGCUGACCGGAACGGGCGAGGAGCGAGAAUGGAAGGAAACGGCCCGUUGGAUCAAGUACGAGGAGGACGUCGAAGAGGGUGCCGAUCGGUGGGGUCGUCCCCACGUGGCGUCGCUUUCGUUCCACUCGCUGCUCAACCUGCGGCGAUGCCUCGAAACGGGCGUUGUGCUGAUGGAUUUGGACGAGAAGGACCUGCCAUCGGUGGCGUACCGAAUUGUAGAACAGAUGGUCACCGACGAGCUGAUCCACGAGGACGACAAACCGGUCAUCAUGAGGGCGCUGCUGCUGAGGCAUCGUCACGUCAACGAGCACUCCCACGGUGGGUUCCACUUUGGACCAAAACGGAAGUACAGCAGCUACAGCAGCUUACAGUCGCUGUCGUUGCGCGGUGGUGGCGAGGAUGGCAGCAGUGGCGGCCUCGGCACCACCGAGGUCAUUGUGGGCGUCCGGAGGCUCAACUCGUUCGUAAGUCCGACCCAAAGUUACACGCUGAGCCCACCGUCGCUGCAUCCCAAUUACAGCCCCAACGGUCACCACCACCAUCACCAGCAUCAACAGUCCAAGAGGCAGCACUCGAAUGGCCAUCACAAUAACCACCAUCGGCAGAGGACCGAGAGCCCGGAGCAGCCGGUGGCCACCGUGGCCGGAGGAAUGCGCCGGAACAACUCACCUCCGUCGCUGACAGUUAGCGUCGACGACAAGAAGCCCCGAAUUGUGCCGUCCAGUGAGAUCAACGGCCAUGGUGAGACCAAGAUCAACAUGCAGGAGGAGACGUACACCUCGUCGCAGGAGGACAUUAAGAUGCGCAUCCAGAAGGAGUCGAUCCUGAAGCGCAUCCCGGAGGGAGCUGAAGCGACCACGGUGCUGGUCGGUUCGGUGGACUUCCUCGAGCAGCCGACGAUCGCGUUCGUCCGGCUGGCCGAGGGAAUCCCGAUGCCGAGCAUUACGGAGGUUCCGAUUCCGGUGCGGUUUUUGUUUAUCCUGCUGGGACCAAAAACGGCCGAGUUGGACUACCACGAGGUUGGCCGAUCGAUCGCCACGCUGAUGUCGAACGAGCACUUCCACGAUAUCGCUUACCGAGCGGACGACCGGAAGGAUCUGCUGUCGGCGAUCAACGAGUUCCUGGACGACUCGAUCGUGCUGCCACCGGGCAAGUGGGAACGGCAGGCUUUGCUGCCGUUUGACGAGCUGAGGGCCAAGAGUGACAUGAUUCGGAACAGAAAGAAGAAGGCGAUCGACGAGAAGAUCAAGAGCAAGCAACCGCUGAUGACCAGCGAGGAGGAGAAGAAGCUGCUGGCGGCAUCGGACGGUGAUGGCAAGAAGCCACCGAAGAACCCGCUGGAGAAGACCAACCGACUGUGGGGUGGCCUGUUCAACGAUAUCAAGCGAAGAUAUCCGAUGUACAUGAGUGACAUCAAGGACGGGUUGAACGCGGAAACGCUCGCCGCGACGAUCUUCAUGUACUUUGCGGCACUGUCCACGGCCAUUACGUUUGGAGGUUUGGCAUCGGACAAGACCCACAACCUGAUCGGUAUCUCCGAGACGUUGGUGUCCUGCGCGUUUGUGGGAUUAAUUUUCCAUACGCUUGCGGGUCAACCUUUGGUCAUCAUCGGAACUACCGGUCCGCUGCUACUGUUUGACGAAGCGCUCAACCAGUUCUGUAUAGCCAACAACUACAGCUUCCUGACGGUUCGAGUCUACAUCGGCAUGUGGUUGACUAUAAUUGCGCUCACGGUAUCUGCUUUCGAGGGUAGCGUCUAUGUACGCUUGUUCACCCGUUUCACGCAGGAGAUCUUCUCUGCGUUGAUCACCCUAAUUUACAUCGUAGAAACGGCCAUGAAGCUGAUCUACGUCUACGGACGUAAUCCUCUGCUAGCCGAGUACCGCUACAAGAACAUGACGGUCAUGCCGCAGCCGCUGCUCGAACCUGACACCAACUCAACUCUCGACUCUUCCGUUGGUCUGCUGGCGGAAAGCCUUACGGCAAUCUCCAACGCCACCACCGCCGCAGUUGCAACCCUAAACGACGACGACAACCUGCUCAUUCCCGCAGAUGCCCUUGGACCAAAGAAUCAACCCAACACGGCCUUAUUCUGUACGCUGCUUACGCUCGGAACGUUCUCGCUUGCCUACUACCUUCGACUGUUCAGAAACUCGCACUUUUUGGGCCGUAACGCCCGCCGUGCCCUCGGAGACUUUGGCGUGCCGAUCUCGAUCGCCAUCUUCGUGGGUAUCGACUACAUGCUACCGCAGGUCUUCACCGAAAAGCUCAGCGUGCCGGAAGGAAUCUCGCCCAGCGAUGAGUCCCGCCGCGGCUGGGUCAUCCCGAUGGACGGUCUGCCCAGCUGGAUGCCCUUCGUCGCCGGCAUUCCGGCCCUUCUCGUUUACAUCCUGAUCUUCAUGGAGACGCAUAUCUCUGAACUGAUCGUCGACAAGCCGGAACGUGGCCUCAAGAAGGGCUCCGGGCUGCACAUGGACAUCGUACUGCUCUGCUUCCUGAACACGGUCUGCGGCUUCUUCGGCAUGCCGUGGCACUGCGCCGCCACUGUCCGCUCCGUCACGCACGUGUCCGCCGUCACGAUCAUGUCCAAAACCCACGCCCCCGGUGAAUCUCCCCACAUUACCGACGUCAAGGAGCAGCGCAUCUCCGGCUUCUUCGUGUCGCUGAUGGUGGGCCUCUCGGUCACGAUGGCACCGAUUCUGCGUCUCAUCCCGAUGUCCGUGCUGUUUGGCGUGUUCCUGUACAUGGGUAUCGCCUCGAUGAGUGGCGUUCAGUUCUUCGACAGGUUGCGACUGUUCUUCAUGCCGGUGAAGCACCACCCGCAGGUACCGUUCGUACGGCGUGUGCCCACCUGGAAGAUGCACGUGUUCACGUUCGUGCAGGUGCUGGCGCUGGCCAUGCUGUGGACCGUCAAGUCGUCGUCCUUCUCGCUGGCGUUCCCCUUCUUCCUGAUCAUGAUGGUGCCCAUUCGGAAGCAGAUGGAGCGCAUCUUUACGCCGCUGGAGUUGAGGGCGCUUGACGGCAGCCAACCGAACGAGGGAGCCGAGGACGAGCCCGAUUUCUACGAGCAAGCACCAAUUCCUGCCUAAGCGCACGCUCGCAUUACUAUUACAAGUUUGAUAGUUUUGUGUUUAGGAAGAAAAAGUUUUUUUGAUUUGCCGUUUGUUGUUAAGUUUAGAAAGCACACACCCACAAACUUGCAUCUGUUGGACGUGUUUUUGUCACUCAAAAUGUAACAAAUUGUUUCCAAACGUGGUAAGUCGUCUUUACUGCAGCUUAUACUGUUUACUAUACACAGACAAAAUUGGACGAAACUUCUAUGAAGUGACUAAUAUUUUUUGUUAACUGUUGGUUAGGUACACACACAAAACGAUAUAUAUUUUUCUAUGCAUACUUUUGAUUAUAGUGACGCAAUUUACAUAACACCACAUCAAUUGAAAAACACACAAUAAAUUGUAAAAUAAAUUAUCUAUUUUCCAACUUGAUAGCUAAGAUCAAAAUUAGGACACACAUUAGAAUAAAUUUUCGAAAGAGAGAAUAACUUUCAGAUCCUUAAGAAAAACUAGUUCCAUUCGCAUUAGAGUAGAUUAAAUCUUUUUAUUUCUUGAUCCCUUAAAAGAAACGUAAGACGAAAGUAUAAAAAUAUAUUGUUAGAAACAAAAGGAACUUAAUAAUCAACCUUGAAUGAAUGUGCAACAGUCUGUGAUCAGUAUUACUUACGAGUGUAUUGGAGAGAACAAACACACACAUACACACACAACCCCUCUGUACAACACACGCAACUAAAACAAUCCUACUUAUGUUGAAAACACACAAAUAACAAGGAACGACAAAAGGUGCAAAUGGUAGGGAAAAAAGAAUAGCCAAAACAAUAGAAGAAGCUUACUGCGAAUCAGGAAACACACCCACAAAGUGAACCAGCCAGGGAUGCAAGAAGAACAAACAAGAGCAAAGAGUCCAAUAUAUUUAUAUUUUGAUAUUUACAUGUGAGGAGGAGUGCUGCCGCCAAGCGGCGGCAAUCGGAAGCUGAUUGUAGCAAACACACACACACUAAUACAAUGGAACGUUAAAGUUACUGCACGAUGGAAACGCGACACGCGGCAAAUGCCAUACAGAAAGUGGAAAUGUUUAAGGUAGAUAGAAAAGCAUCAUAAUGAUGAUGGAUUGUUUUUUAGCUAAAAGUGGCAUGUGAUUAGUUAUUGUUCUGUUAAACCAGUUAUGUUGUUACACACGCGAUGCGCACGACCAAACGUGUGUCGUUUUGUUAGAAGAUUCACACAUACAACACAAACACACACAUACACGCGAAACGAGUGCAAAAAGAUUGGCGCAUAUUCAUCUAACUUAUAGACUUUUCACUAAUGCAUAUAUAUCUAAUAAAAAGUAGUUAGUACUCAUUAGCAUUGUGAGAGAAUAAAAAGAGAAACAGCUUAGUUUAGAUCCCAGUACAGUAGGUCUAGCAAAGAUUGGUAGAGUAGUAAAAAAAACUCUUCCACAUAAAGAAAAAAGAA